AUGAUUCCGCGGUCAGGUCCUCUCAAAACAAGAAGCCCUUGCUCCAUAUGUGUCAAGCGGAAAGUCAAAUGUGAUAGGCAAGUACCCUGUUUAAAUUGCAUCAAACGAGGUCAAGAUAAAGAAUGCUUGAAAAGUUAUCAACAAAACGUCAAAAAGUCGGUUUCGUUGGCAUUUCAUAAUGAUAAAUCGCUUCUGAGUAUUUGGCAAGAAUAUGAAUACUGGGUAUUGGCGCUAGGGGCGACUCAGUUGGAAAAUUUUGAUAAUUCUGGAUUUGUAGAUGUAGAAUCUGAUCUGGAAGAAGUGAGAUAUUGGAGGGAGUAUUUGAGCAGAGAAGCGUCUUUCAAGCUUUUAGACUAUGCCGUGGCAGAGCUAGGAGGCUUUUUUUUCGGUUGCGUUGGAGACGUUGGGGAACUUUACGUCCAAUUGAGUACGUAUUGGUCCAGACAAGAGACGGAUUCUCUGCAAACGAUUGACGAUUUUUUUUGGAACACUAUUCUGUGGUCUAUAUUUACCAUGUGCGUGUUCUACAUACCUACUGAAAGUCUUGCUGAAAUUUUGAGACCCGCCGUGGUCUCCCAAUGGCUUUACGACCGAGCUGAACACCACUGGAACAGCGGCCUCAAAAAUGAACUUUACAAAGGAUUCUUGAAGACUGCAGUGCGCACUUUAGAGAAUGCCAAUUUUCUUAGCCAUCCGGACGUUCGUGUCAUUCAAAGUUAUCUGAUUUUAGCAGUGACACCUUUUCCGCAGUUGCAUAAACCUCUGGCAAAUUCUUUACUUGUUCACAGCCUUCAUCUGGCCAAAUCUCUGCGAAUUGAUAAUUUUAGGCCGCUUGUAACGGACUCCACUGAGCUGAGGUUGAAAAAGGCGAGCUCUGAAAGGUUAUGGUACCGCCUCAGUGUCCAGGAUUAUUGGCAGUCGGGACCCAAUAAACCGAUUAGCUUGCAUGAAGAGAAUGGUUCUUUACUUACACACGCGGCUUUUCUGAUGGAUAAACCUACGAUCGAUGUCUAUAAAAGUGAGGACACGUUCGAAGCUCUCAUGUGGAAGCUCGUCUCCCUAGAUAGAGACUUGGAGCGAUAUUUCGUGCAACCCAGUAAACCUCCUUUACGAACCAUUGAAGCUGUCCAAAAGCAGACCGAGAUAUUCCGACAUAAAAUAUCGAUGUAUGACGCGUAUGAAUCCACGUCCUCGAAGCUUGAGAAAUUCUUGGCAACUUUCUUACUCGGUGCUGUCGAAUGGAGGCUAUUCCAGUUGGAUUUACUACACUACGAUACUGCGCGGUCUCUUCCAAAGCUGGUGCAGCAAACCAAAGUUUCAGUGACUUUGAUUUUGGGGAAUAUGGCCAAUGGUAGUGCCGCCUACAACAAAUUUCCAAUCGUUACGACUACUCUUGCGAAAAUGUACGCAUUCCACUCAUUUUGUUUUGUUUUUAGCAAUUCUGCAGAGAACGAGCAACUUCUAGGUGACCUUUCAGAGGUUUUUGCAAAUCUUGAAAUUAAUUCCUUAGUGGCCACCCGAAAAAUCAUAAGCCUAGCUCGGAGGUUCGUUGAGCUCAGAAAACUAUGGCGCUCAAUUAAGGUACUUGACAAAGUCCACCAAGACGAUCACCCAGUCAUUAAAAUACUUCAAAGCGAUAUUGAGACGGUGUCAUCACUUUACAGUAGAGUAUCUGGUGUAGCGCGCGAUAAUGAUUCAAUAUCUGAUCGCCCUAAAAGUCAAGAAUUUGAGAGGAUCGUCAGGGCUUUUGAUAGUGCUCAUAGCUUCAAAGACAUUCUUGACUCAUCCUAA